CAGCAGGGCUGCGGCCAUUGUUUGUGUGGACUGAGUGUUUUGGCCAUAACGGUUCACUCUCACAGGCUCCGUUAAGUGACGUGAACUCUUGGGAGGACUAAGCCAGAAGCGGACAGGGCAAGACGAGCUGUGUUUGAAGGAAGAGGGGCAGAAAAUCGAGGGUCAGGGACUGAGAAGCGACUCCGGUUUAGAAACCCCGGAGACACCGGUGUAGGUGCGUACAUCACGGCUUCUCUCCCACGUUAAGACUGAAUAAAGGAACCUACCUGUGAUCAGCAAGGAAGGACUGGGUUGGCAAAGGCUCAUGCCCCCAUUUUACAGCCUGAUCUUUGACCAGAUGGCAGUAACAUUUGAAGAUGUCACUAUUAUUUUUACUUGGGAGGAGUGGAAAUUCCUGGAUUCUUCUCAAAAAAGGCUCUACAGGGAGGUCAUGUGGGAGAACUACACAAAUGUCAUGUCAGUAGAAAACUGGAAUAAGAGCUACAAAUCCCAAGAAGAAAAAUUCAGAUACUUAGAAUAUGAAAAUUUUUCCUGCUGGCAAGGCUGGUGGAAUGCUGGUGCUCAGAUGUGUGAGAAUCAGAACUAUGGGGAAACUGUUCAAGGGAAAGAUUCCAAAGACUUAACACAGCAAGAUCACUCCCAGUGUCAGAAAUGGUUAAUACUUUCCACACAAGUACCAGGGUGUGGGAACUAUGAACUGACUUUUGAAAGCAAAAAUCGUAGGAACUUAAAAUAUAAAAAUUUUAUACCUUGGCAGUGCUUGGAAACAAAAACCACCCAAGACUAUGGUAGAGAAAUCUACAUGAGUGGUUCACAUGGUUUUCAAGGGGGCAGAUACCAUCUUGGCAUAUCCAGGAAAAACCUCUCCAUGGAAAAAGAACAGAAGCUCAUAGUUCAGCAUUCUUAUAUCCCAGUGGAGGAAGCCCUUCCACAGUAUGUUGGGGUGAUAUGUCAGAAAGACCUACUGAAAGAUUCAAUGGAAGAAAACUACUGUGGCUGUAAUAAAUGUAAAGAAAUUUAUUGUUGGAACUCACGGUGUAUUUUCCACAAGAGAAAUCAACCUGGAGAAAACCUCUGUCAAUGUUCUAUCCAUAAAGCAUGCUUCUCUCAGAGAUCAGCCUUGUGUAGACAUCCAAGAAUCCACAUAGGUAAGAAGCUGUAUGGAUGUGAUAAAGUUGACAGUAACUUUCAUCAGAGCUCAGGAGUUCACUUUCAUCAGAGAGUUCACAUAGGGGAGGUACCUUACAGCUGUAAUGCAUGUGGUAAGAGCUUCAGCCGAAUCUCUAGUCUUCACAAUCAUCAAAGAGUUCACACAGAAGAGAAAUUCUAUAAAAUUGAGUGUGAUAAAGACCUCAGUAGGAAUUCAUUACUUCACAUUCACCAGAGACUUCACAUAGGAGAGAAGCCUUUUAAGUGCAAUCAGUGUGGUAAGAGUUUUAAUCGGAGUUCAGUACUUCAUGUUCAUCAGAGAGUCCACACAGGAGAAAAACCAUAUAAGUGUGAUGAGUGUGGUAAGGGCUUCAGCCAGAGCUCAAAUCUUCGAAUUCAUCAGUUAGUACACACAGGAGAGAAGUCUUAUAAAUGUGAAGACUGUGGUAAGGGCUUUACCCAACGCUCAAAUCUUCAAAUUCAUCAGAGAGUGCAUACAGGAGAGAAACCUUAUAAAUGUGAUGACUGUGGGAAGGACUUUAGUCACAGCUCAGAUCUUCGCAUUCAUCAGAGAGUCCAUACAGGGGAGAAACCCUAUACUUGUCCUGAAUGUGGGAAGAGCUUCAGUAAGAGUUCAAAGCUUCACACUCAUCAAAGAGUACAUACUGGAGAGAAACCCUACAAAUGUGAAGAGUGUGGCAAGGGAUUCAGUCAGCGUUCACAUCUUCUCAUUCAUCAGAGAGUCCAUACAGGAGAAAAGCCCUAUAAAUGUGAUGAUUGUGGAAAGGGUUUUAGUCACAGUUCUAAUCUUCACAUUCAUCAGAGGGUCCAUACAGGAGAGAAACCUUAUCAAUGUGCUAAGUGUGGUAAAGGUUUCAGUCAUAGCUCAGCUCUUCGAAUUCAUCAAAGAGUCCACGCAGGAGAGAAACCUUAUAAAUGCCAUGAAUAUUAUAAGGGAUUUGAUCAUAAUUCACAUCUUCACAAUAAUCAUAGAAGAGGAAACUUAUAAAUAUUGUUCAUUUAGUUAACAGCUUCAAUCAAAGUUUACCUAACCUUUAAACCCUAAAAUGCUGCUGAUAAGGAAAUCUUAUAAAUAACACAAGUAAUCCCAAGCAACAUUUACGGUUUCCCCAUCUCCCACUAAGAAUUACUUGCUUCAAAAGGAGAUCUUUAGAAAAAUCCCUAUAUAUUUAAAAUUAUUGUGUAUUUUUCUUUACCUACUAUAAAUAUAAUACAGUCAUAAAAUAUAUUAAACAUUUAAGGAGAAAACUCUUCAUUCUA